GUGCUUGACUGCCAGUGGAGCCACCGUCUCUCUCUCAAGCGAACUGCAACCUGAGACAUUGACUGUUUACAUUGCCUUUUAACUUUUGAAGGGCCCGUGGAACAGUGUGCUCGAAUGUUUCAAAGGUAUGACAAGAUGUUCUGUGAAGCAGAUCCCUAAAUGAACCGGAGCAGAGUAUCCUAGAUGUGUUUCAUAGAGCACAAUGACGGCACAGUCAGACGUUCACUGAUGAUUGGAGCUGGGUAAGCAGUGAUGAUGCGUUGUCUGGCAGCCCGUGUUCACUACAAGACCCUGAUAGUGAUCUGCGCUCUCCUCUCUCUGCUCACGGUCGUUCUGUGGAACAAGUGUACGAGUGAGAAAGCGCUGCGCUUUCUGCCCCGGCACCCCCAGCCCCCUCCCAGCCCGAAAGUAGACAGCCAUCCACAGCAGGCCCAGCCCCCCGAACCUCCACCUGUGGUCGGCGGAGUACGCUACGAAGAGAUUGACUGCCUGAUCAACGACGAUGUCACCAUUAAGGGUCGUCGAGAAGGCAGUGAGGUAUACCUGCCGUUCAGCUGGAUGGAGAAGUACUUUGAGGUAUACGGGAAGGUGGUGCAGUACGACGGCUACGAUCGAUUUGAGUUUUCGCACAGUUACUCCAAAGUAUACACCCAGAGAGAGCAGUACCACCCCAACGGAGUCUUCAUGUCAUUUGAGGGGUAUAACGUGGAGGUGCGUGACAGAGUCAAGUGCAUUAGUGGAGUUGAAGGAGUACCUUUAUCCACCCAAUGGGGCCCUCAAGGGUAUUUCUAUGCUAUCCAGAUAGCUCAGUAUGGCCUGAGUCAUUACAGUAAAAACCUGACUGAGCGGCCGCCCCACAUGGAGGUAUAUGACACAGUGGAGGAGAGAGAUAGCAGAUCUAGCACAUGGACAGUCUCUAAAGGCUGCUCUAUCACCAGAGUCUACGACAAGACCAGAGCCACAUCAGUACGACAGUUUAGCGCUCCAGAAAACUCAGAGGGCGUCUCACUUCCUCUUGGCAACACUAAAGAUUUCAUCAUCUCUUUUGACCUGAAGUUCACAUCUAAUGGUAGCGUCUCUGUCAUCUUGGAGACCACAGAGAAAGGGCCUCCGUUUGUUAUCCACUAUGUCACCACUACCCAGCUCAUUUCUUUUAAGGACCGUGACAUCACCUAUGGGAUCGGUCCUCGGACAGCAUGGACCACGGUCACCCGUGACCUUCUCACUGACCUCCGCAAAGGCAUCGGCCUCUCCAACACCAAAGCGGUCAAAGCCACCAAGACCAUGCCCCGACGUGUCGUAAAGUUAUUGUUGCACGGCCACGGGAUGAUAGACAAUAUCACAAUCUCCACCACUUCACAUAUGGCGGCUUUUUUCGCCGCCAGCAACUGGUUGGUGCGCAACCAGGACGAGCGUGGUGGUUGGCCAAUCAUGGUGACUCGUAAACUUGGGGAAGGUUUCCGUGCGCUGGAGCCGGGUUGGUAUUCGGCCAUGGCGCAGGGGCAGGCCAUGUCCACUCUAGUGCGUGCCUAUCUGAUGACAAAAGAUGACACGUACUUAAAGGCUGCCCUGCGUGCCACCGGACCUUUCAAACUGCCGUCGGAGCAGCACGGCGUCAAAGCCGUGUUUAUGAAUAAGUAUGACUGGUAUGAGGAGUAUCCCACAAUCCCUAGCUCCUUCGUUCUGAACGGGUUCAUCUAUUCCCUCAUAGGCCUGUAUGACCUGGCGCAAACCGCUGGUGAGAAACUCGGUCGGGAUGCAGGUCAGCUGUACAGCAAGGGAAUGGAGUCUCUGAAAGUUAUGCUGCCCUUAUAUGACACGGGGUCGGGCACCAUCUAUGACCUGCGCCACUUUAUACUGGGCAUGGCGCCCAACCUGGCCCGUUGGGACUAUCAUACAACGCACAUCAACCAGCUACAGCUGCUGGGUACUAUUGACAACUCGCCCAUCUUCAGGGACUUCGUCAAGCGCUGGAAAAGCUACCUGAAAGGAGGCAGGGCAAAGCACAACUAGAGCGGAGCACACCUCUUUAAACCCUCACGUCCUCUUCCUGACUGCCUCUGUGAGGGCCACUGUGUCUAGCAUGGAGGAAAAAAUGGCUGAACACUUCGGUAGCCUUCUGUUUGAGACAGUAAUUUGCAGUGUUUCUGGUGUCUGUGCUGAGGUUUUAAUUAGGUACAAACGCAGCUGCUUGCAGCAUGUGUCUGGAUGAGGAAGAGGGAGGGCUUAGGUAUUUAAUAUUCAAAGCUCCAGAUCUGCAGGUUUUUUGAGUGAGAAACUCGUCUGCUGAGAUUUGCCACAUUUUGGCAUAGUUCAGUCAAGAUGCGGGAUCGAAAAGCAGCUUUCAGAACCUUCUUUCGAAGUAAAGCUCAGAAAAUAGUCAGUCACCAGACAGGCAAAAACAUUCAAGUUUGCUGCAACAGUCAUUUAAGUUCGUAGCCUGUGAGCUUAACACUAAUGCAUACAAGCUACGGAGAAAAAUGCUCAAAAUGUCCUCAAGUGUAGCAUUAUGUUUCAGAGAAGGUUUACUAAAUCGGUUUGACAUUAGAAGGGAACACAACGCCUUUUGUUCAGCCUACUGUCCAGCCUCCAAUCUGCAUUUCAUGAUCCUUUGCUCUGUCAAAACCUCACCACAAUCAGAUUGAGCUGUCACUAAUGCGGCCCAGUCCUGCCCAUAAUGCACUUAAAGCUUUAGAGAGUAGGUCAUAGGUCCCUUGCUUCAUGUUUACAACAGAUUUCAGGAAACAUUGUUAUAGGUAUUAAGACGCCACUACGCUAGAUUAUCAAACACAAAGCAUAGAGUAUAACAGUUUGGUUGCUUUUUGAGAAACUAGAGGGAGUCUGAAUGGUCGUGUAGCCUGUGUUCAUCCCAAUAAGAAGUUAAACCUCAGUUGAAGUGUGCUACAUGUAGACUGGUCAUGCACUUUACUUGUGUGGCAUGCAUGUGUGGUGAGGAUGCCUUUGUACAACCAUGUGAUGAAUUGUGACAUCAAUCAAGUUGUUCUCUCUCUCAUGCCUUGUUGGCGGUGAAUCAUUUUAUAAGGGAAUGUCCACCUUUUGUUUUCCGAUUGCUAGGUUAUUGUAGCUGUAUCCAUUUCCUCAAUUUUCCCUCAAUUUUUUAUUUAAUUUACAAAUUGUUUUUAGACAACUGUAUUAGGUCUUGUAUUAUUAUUAUUUUUAGGUAAAAUCUAAUUCCCUUUGGUUUGAGUGUCAAAAACACAGUCGCCAUUUAUGUAGAGCAAGAGCAGUUCAAUAAUUAGCAUCUUAGCCAAGCAAAAGAUGCAGUUUCAUGUAUUAAAAUAAACACAUCAUAAAAACUUCCUCAUUAAAAUAGUGAAAUGAUUUGGAUGCAAGACUACAGCAUCUGUUUUUGUUUUUUGUUUUUAUCCAAAAGCAUCUCGUCACAACAAUAUAAUACUACACAGCCCCCUGUCUAGUGUAGCCAAGUGUUUGAGAUUGCAUAUGGGAAUAUUUUCUUGAGUUCAAGAGUUUUGGCCAUGUCACUUCCUAAUGUUUCUCAGCCUCUUGACCUCACAGUAAAACCUCCACCUGGCUGAAUCCUGUCGAUCUUAAUCUCACAUAGCCAUUAAGAUGGCGAGAUAUCCCAUUAUCUGACAACCUGCUGUUCAGAACCAUCUCAAACAGAUGUUCACAUUCUAGUGUGGGCUUUUGGCUUCCGAUUAACAGAAAGUAAAUGUCAGAGAAGAAAAAUGUGACAUUUCUAAAUGUUUUAUUUGAAAGCUUCUGGUUUGUUUGGCAGAGAUAGCUUUUAGAGAGACUAUGGGUGCUUUAGCCUGGUGGCAUACAUUUGUGUUGACCUUUUUUGGUUUAAAAAUCAUGUUUUUCCAUGAAAAUCUGGUUUCUUGUAGUUUCACCGACACGGAUCUCACAUAUACUACUAUGCAUAUUUCAUACUUGUCGCUUAAUGGGCAGACAGUUGUGUGUUUAGGCAGAGAGCGAUUUCAUUUAUUCUGUACCAAAGUCUCUGAAGUUUGCGUUAUUUCUAUCUUGAACUUUGGAGUGUGGAAGGCCAUCGAGCAUUUGUCUUUUUUCUUCUUUUUUUUAGUUUUCUUUUGAAAGAUGGUGUGAUUAAUGGAACAUUCGGUGGUAUAUACAUGCCUUUCCUCAUCUAAAGAAAUGCCUUUUGAUUUUUUUUUUUUUUUUUUUUUUUUUACCUCCAGUCUAGAUUUUUAUAAUAUAGAGUGAAUAUAGAAGGGAACUAGGAAUUUAAUUAAUCACUGCUAUCUAUGGGCAUGUGUGCAAAUCUUGAUGUAGAGCUAACGCUCUGCGCUACAUUUUUCAAAAGGGAAAAGAGAGACUUGGAACAGCAUGUCUGAUCUUGAAAGCCUGGUUUCAAAGCAGCCUCCUUUUUGAGUUGUGUUUACCAAACGUUUGGAUUUGAGUGAACUCCUUUAAGUAAGCAAUGUUAAAGCACAACUAUAGUUUCUUGAAUUAAUUUAUUCUCAUCUAGCUCUCUCUCUCUCUCUCUCUCUUAAUAUAUAUUUCCAUUCUGGACGAUGUGCAAAGCCUUCCUCUGCAAGCUGCUACAUUUUAGAAUUGGAAAAACGGUAGAAACGUGGUUGAUAUUUUUCCCCUCUUCCUUUUUGACACUUAUUUUUCAUUCUUGAGUUAUAAGUUGACGUGUAUUUCAUGUGUAUGCAAUAAAUGGUUGAACUGGAUCGCAACAGCUGCAUACCCAGAGGUUGUACAGAGUUUGCAAAGGAAGCACAAUAUGCGAUCAUUUUUAUGCAGGACAAAAUCUUUAUUAAAGUCUUUGUGCUUUAAAUUGCUUUUUUAAAGUUGUAUAAAUAAAGGCAUUUUCGUUUUAUACAUACA